UUUGCAAAAGUUUUUAAAGUACAAGUUUAUUAAAAAAAAUCAAUAUGGCAAAAGAACUUCUGUCUUUUAAUGAUCUGGUUUGGCUGGACAGCAGCCCUGAUUCAGUCAGAAAUGCUUUUACAAAUUCAUAUGGGAAAACACCCGAUGGCAUUGCUCUUAAUCAUGAGACUUACUAUAAUGCCGUGACACCCGCAAUUACUGAGCAAUACGGCCAUUAUUGCUACAAAAGAACUGGAGAAACAAAUAUUGUUUCGCAAGAUUUAUCUGAACCAGCAGAUGCUGUACUCGGAUCUUCUUCAGCGGUAAACAAAGGUGACACGCCAGUGACACUGACUGUUAGUGUUACAGGUAAAUGGAGUGACUCAACAUCUUGGUCAACAAGUUCGGAAACUGGUGUGAAAAUGUCAACUGAGUUUGGAGUCGAAGGAAUAUUUAAAACCGGCCAAGAGUUUUCUAUAUCUAUGAAGACAGAAAGUUCAGGUUCUAGCUCAGUAGAGAAAUCUUCCACAUCAUCAAUUCAAGUAACAGUUCCGCCACGUUCAAAAGUUUGCGUAAACAUGGUUGGCGUUUUGAAAAAAGAAAAGGUUUUUUUUGAAGUUCCAGUAACCGUUGAUGGUAGUUUUGGCGCUAACUUUAGAAGUCAAGUCCAGGGUCAUUACUAUUGGUUUAUUGGUGCUAACAAAGCUCUUUCAAAAUCAACAGGCAUCAUUAAAGGUACAAUAGAUCACGCAUGCGUUUUUGACGUAUCAACUGUAGUUGAACCGAGCCAACCUUUAUAAACUUACAUUUAAAACAUUUUAUAUGAAUAUUACAAUUAAAUUAUGAUAUAUCCAUUAAUAUAUUGUAUCUUAUUAGUAAAAAAAGUUACUUAUUUUCAAAAAGUUUAGUAGAUUAUAUAAUUCAUUUUUAAUAUA